AUGAACCAAACGGGGCCUUUGUGUUUUCCCUUUGCGUUGCAACAACAAAUGCCAAUCAAAUCGGUAAUGGCGCCAUGCGGCGCGACCAACUGGUUAGUUGUUGGGGGUCACGUUGCAUACCUCCUCCAAGCAACUCUUAUGGCAGAGGUUGUGAGAAGGAGGCCAAGUGCAGGGAUGGUCAUCGGAGACUAA